GAACUAACAAACGGAUACUGGCUUAGUAAAUAAGGCUUGGGCAUAAAUAGCGUGUGAUCGURCUCUCCUACUCACUAAUCGCACCAAGUCCGUUCAAUAAUCAUCAUCAUCACUCGUAGUUCCAAACUCGUCCUCAGUAUCGCUACGCAAAGAUAACUUUAUAGAAAAGAGAGAUUUAGUUUUUCAAGGCUGAAAAUGACAAGUCAGGGUAAAAGUAACGGUGAACGGCUUCAAUUGUCGAGUGAAAUUCGAAGUGGUCCCGCCCGUAGAGAUGAUCCUCUAAGUACGGGAAGUCUUCUUCUGAAUUUUAUGAACCAAGCAUCGGGAAACGUCAAGAACGCACUAGAAAAACCAGCAAACUUCAAAAGGAAUAUCAAUCAUAGAAGAUACCUUCAGAAGCAGCUUAGAAAUUACUCUAAGAGAAAAGGAGAUAACACACAGUCCAAGAAAUCCUCACCCAUGAAGCACAAGACAGCACAGCAAAACGGUGGUGGAAGACAAAAUUACAAAUCUCAGAAUAUCGGUUAUGUGAAGAGUCUUCAGAGUUGGUCAAACGAGAUGGCGGCGCAUAAAAGUAAUGGAGAAAAAGAGCGUAACGCACUGAAGGAGAGGAAUUUACCUGCUUCUUUCUGGCAAGAACCUGUUAUGGCUUCGUUUCCACAAGACUUUAAYAACGGGUACUCUUACCACCAGUAUGAAGCAAGAACUGGCGAAGAAUGUUCUCAAAAUCCAAACGAAAUUCAAGCAUUUCUUGACGGAUGGAAUGGUUACGAAGCGCGUGGGGAAUUCUCCCCCGAGUCUACAGUAGAUUCAAUUCCAUCGAUUUCAUCCGAAGAUGCUUCUUUGGAAGAAUUCAUGACAUGUGAAGAACUCACAAGAAAUCUCGAUAUUAAAGACUUAUAUGUACCCGAGAUGUACUCUGCGGACAGACUGUUAAACGACGUUCAAGAAACAUUGUACGCGGGGCAGAUUUCUCCUUCUCAAUAUUAUCUACCGUCUCCAGCGCCCUAUAGCGACCAAGGAUAUUUUAAUUUCUCGUUAGACCUCGACUCACAGGGUUUACCGCCAAUUGCUAUGGCUUUCCUAAACCAGAACUCUUUAUCGAGUUGCUGAAACUAUAGAGUAAAAUAGAGCUAUAUAUACAUAUAUUUAUUCAUACAAUAUUAUUGAAAAUAAGAAAAUAAUUAUGAAAAAUGUUUUCGCACCUUGAAAGAAAAUUAAUUUAAGGUUUACUUCCUACCUGAGCGACCAGCCCGCGAGAAUGGCGAAAAAAAUCGAGGUUAUCCCAGAACUUACAAUUUAUUGUGAAUCAAAGGGGUUUAACACCA